UAUGAUAAGUCAAAGUUGGUCAAAGUUGAUGGCCAGCAGUGGUUUGAGUUGUAGCUGUGUCCCUUUCGACUAUUGAUAUUUAUUGAUACGUAAGACAAAUCAUGACCUCGCUUCUCGCACCGGAAAUUCCACCGCCAGGAUUUUCUUUCGAUCUUUGCCAAAGAAACAAUGCUUUGGUUAAGAAAGGCUUUGCUGCUCCAAAAGCAGUCAAGACAGGUACUACCAUCGCCGGUGUAGUGUACAAGGAUGGUGUUAUUCUCGGCGGUGAUACACGAGCUACGGAAGAUACCAUUGUGGCUGACAAAUACAGCCUAAAGAUUCACUUUCUUGCUCCAAAUAUGUAUUGUUGUGGAGCUGGUACAGCGGCCGAUACUGAAAUGACCACUGAGAUGAUUGCUAGCCAGUUAGAGCUGCAUCGCCUGAAUACUGGCCGCAUUGUGCCCGUGUGCACUGCCAACACUUUGAUAAAACAAAUGCUGUUCCGUUAUCAGGGUCACAUCGGGGCCGCAUUGAUCCUGGGCGGCCACGAUCUUGAUGGACCUCAGUUGUACUGCAUUUAUCCGCACGGUUCAUCUGAGAAGCAGAAGUAUACCACUAUGGGAUCCGGUUCACUGGCUGCUAUGGCGGUCUUUGAAAGCAGAUGGAAACCUGAUUUGUCGGAAGAGGAUGCAAAGCAGCUGGUGGCGGACGCUAUUCGCGCGGGCGUGUUCAACGAUCUCGCAUCGGGAUCCAACGUGGAUCUUUGCAUCAUUCGUAAGAACAACGUCGAAUACUUGCGACCAUACGACACCGCCAGUGUGAAGGGUGAACGGCAGAUCAGCUAUCGUUACAAGCCCGGUACCACGUCGGUGCUUACAAAAACAAUACAACCGAUUAUCGUGGAGGAGGAGACUGUGCGCACGAUCGUGCCCGAAGCGAUGGAUACGUCUGCAUGAAACUUCGUUAAUUAAUUUAGCGUCUUAUAUAAGCUAUAAAUAAUAAUAAAAAUUUUUUUUCAAUAAAAUUUGUCGAUUGUAGAUCAACUCGAUAUUUGUAAUAAAGGUAUUUCUGGGAGAUAACGUAAGAGGAUAAA